GUCGAUAAUACUAGAUCUUAUAUCCUUGUUAUGCAAUAAUACGCCGUGUUGAAAGCGUUUACCUAACCCAACGUAAACAAAACAUUUCAUAAAAUCGUCGAAUAAGUAUUGUACCUAACCUAAGGUUACUUGCCCAGUGCACUGGUUGGAUAGGUAGGUAACUAAAAUGGGCGUCGCAUGGACGGAAAUGUAUGGUAGCGUCGGAUGGAGACGAAUGUGAUUCCUUCACAUACUCGGGCCCGUAAAGUCCUGCCGACGACGGGCACUUCACAAGAGAGAAGGUAGGUAAAGCCGACAUUAAAACAUGCUACAUGACAAGGCGAAGCGAGCUAGGUAUUGUACGAUUCUGAGCAGGAUAAUUAACGCCGAACAGCCUUAGCCUUGAUUGUUUCAGGGCCUUCGUGGCUUGUUUAGUUCCAUUUUUGUAAGCUGACCCCAUGUCCCCAUGUCCAGCCAUGGCUAUGGCAUGGCAUGGUUACAUAUGGGGUAAUUAAACACUCCUCCUGCAGAGGUCAGAGGUCAAGCUACAAUAACCUGAAAGUAGCAGUUGCAAUUUACCUAGUCGCCUCCAGCUUAGCCCGAGUUAAACCCACCCAGAUCCGUAGGGAGUAUUCUAAGAUGGGGGAGCAUAUCACGUAUAAGUUGCGGUGUCCGCAGAGCAAAAGCUAGCAUGUCGUGCCAGUCGUGUCAGAAGCGCGCGUAUGUGAUAUAUUAAAGCUCACGCGCUGAAAUACCAGGAGCCACGAUGCUGUUCUCGGCUUUUCCAGCUUUUUUGCUAGCUUCCCUAGCCUCCGUCGCCCGGGCUCAAUACCCGGACCCCGGCGCAUGCUCCGGGUAUUGCUUCACUCACGACCCCGCCGUCGUGAAGCGCGCAGAUGGCAAAUAUUUCCGGUUCUCGACCUUGGACCUGAUCGGCAUCUCGACUGCGGACAGUCUGGCGGGACCCUGGACGCAGAGCGGUAGCGUAAUCCAGGGCGCCAGCAUUAUUAAUAUGGAUGGGAACACGGUGUUAUGGGCCCCCGACGUAAGUUAUAUACGGGGUAUCUACUACUGCUUAUAUUCGGUAUCGACCUCUGGGAGCCAGACGUCGGCCAUCGGUUACGCAACUUCCACCACGCUGGAAUCCGGGUCUUGGACAGACCAGGGAAUCAUAGUGACCUCAACAAGCAGCAGUCCAUACAAUGCCAUCGACGGGAAUAUCGUCAACGGCACGGGCGACAACGAAUGGUAUAUACAGUGGGGCUCGUAUUGGAACAACAUCUACCAGGCAAGAGUAGCCAUCGACGGCGAGUACGUCUUCAGGUCGGGCAACGAGCACCAGAUAGGGUACGAGCCAUCGGGAAGCCACCAGAUGGAGGGCGCUUUCAUCUGGAAACGCGACAGCCUCUGGUACCAGUUUCUAAGCAGAGGCAUCUGCUGCACUUACGACCCGGACACAGACCCGAUCGACCAGGUCUAUCAUAUCACGGUCUGUCGAAGCGACAACCCGGCCGGCCCCUACGUAGACCAAGACGGUGUUGCCUGCACCGACGGCGGUGGGACAAUCGUGCUCGCUAGCCACGGAAAUGUAUACGCUCCGGGUGGGCAGGGAGUUUUCACCGACGACGUAUAUGGCGACGUUCUCUACUACCACUAUCUGGAUCUCAGCGUUGGCGUAGCUUAUUCUCAGUCCAAGUUUGGAUGGAAUGUUAUAAAUUGGGUUGACGGAUGGCCAACACUAGUAUAAGUAGUCUAUCAGCAUAUCAUUUUGCCAUUUGGGCAUUUUUGUAUAUUGUAUAUAUUAAGAUCUGAAUAUAUAUCUGAUUUCCCCAGAA